AUGACCGAAGGAGUCGGACUAGCACUUGCACUACCCAGUGCCUUCAACAAUGCAGUUCAGUAUUUUCAAAUUGCAACGCUGAAGCUCGAUAUCUCCAAGUUACGACUUUCUCGCUGGGGCCGGUCAGUAGGACUGCAUGAAGUAGAAGAGCAUGCGCAAGUUGUGCCGACGUUGGCGGGUUCGCGGAAAGAUCAUCAGAAGGCGAAAGAACUGCUCUAUGAUAUCGUAGAUCUCUUUGAGAACGCGGAACGUACGUCGUCGAAAUUGAAGCCUCUAACGAAGGAGCCGGACGUUCAUACUGCAGGCGACCUAGACGAGACUUGGGCUUCCCUGCACAGACAGCUGGUGACGAUUUCGCAGAAGUGGCUCAAGCCACGACAAAUAUUGGAGAAGGCCAAAUGGGCCCUGUACAAGGGGAAACAUCUUAAUAAAUUGAUCCAAGACAUCACCGAGUUGGUCAAUGGCUUGGUCGAACUUUUUCCUGCGGCACGGCCCGAACAAAGGUUACUGUGCGAGCAGGAUGGGUCUGAACUGGCAUCGGACGAGAACGUCUCGCUCGUCGCACCCUUGAUCGCAGAACUAGACCCUGAGCUCAGCGCGUUCAUCAAGUCUCGAGAUCCUGGUGGGCAGCAGAACUUUCACAUCACUGUUGCAGGAAGCACAAAUCAUGGUCUCCAACAAGGCUACUUCUCCGGGCAGCAGACAAACCAUUUUGGGGCUCGAUCAUAGAGCAAAGAAGGCGGGAUUAUGUAAUGGCAGUGGUUCGACACAUGGUGCAUAUACCUCAGCUCCAUGUCAAUCUUCAGGUAUCGACCGCCUGCGACAGCCGGCCACAGCCUUCCUGGGGCAUGUUUCGAAGACCGAAAUAACUGAUGUGAUAAGUCGGGUGCCACAUGUGGCGUGCCUCAGAGUAAAGCCACAAGGACUUGGCAUGUUUGGUGGGAUUGGUCGAUUACAUAACCGGGAUCGUACACUGAAUUCUUCUCGACUCAACUUCAAUC